UGCCCUUUUGCGAUGGAAAAACAACAAGUGACUAAGUGAAAAUCAAUUAAACAAGACAAACUUCUCUUUAAUAAACAAGCGCGUAAGACCAAGCUGUGUCUCCUCCACUGAUUACUGUACAGUACUGUGACUGUACGUCACUACGGAUCAUUGAUCUCAAGCGUGCUAAACUUCUUGUGCUAGAUAUUGGAUUUGUCAUUUAGCGGCAUAAACAGUGGGAAUACUUUUCUCCAUCGGAGAGCUUAAAGUUGAAAUCAUCCGAUGCAUUGUCUGGUGCAUUGGAUACAACUUCUGUUCUUCAAAGGUGUUCAUAUGCAUAUUCAAAGAUACUAGCUCUUCCUUUUCAGCUGUAUGAAUAAACAACGUAAUAUAAAAACAUAAAACAUUGGAGAUAUGCGUAAUUAAAGUGACGGUUUAAUUUAUUUUGGAUGUUCGAAGAUUCAUAUAAUGUCAGGCUUUGAAGAAGGUUUUAUGCGGCCAAGUGCCGCUUUGCCAAAGGGAAAUGACACAGAGUUGGAAGAAAUAUUGGAGGAGGUACUUGACAUGAAGAAAAAAGCGCCAUCACCGACACCUUCUCGAAAGAGCAACACUGAUAAACGAUCGAUUAUCUCAGGUUUUUCUCAAAAUAAACACACAGGAGGGUCAUUGCAAGAAUCUAAGGUAUCACUGACCUAUGCCCCAACAACAGGUGAUGACGGCUUUCAUCAACCCACCCAGACCAUUAUUUCGCCUGUAGUUCAGGUGCCGAGCACCAUACGUUCUGCUCAAGAAAGUGUUCGUAGGCCAAAGCACUUCUCUGUGAGUCCAGCCAGUUGCACUCCUCCAAAGACGAGUCCAGUUCCAGAAAGAAAAACUGGAGAAGAUGGUGCCAAGAAUGAUCCGUCCGCAGCCCCACUGAUUUCUGAUAAGGAUCAAACCCCUGAUGUUCCAUGUGAUCAUCUUGCAGUACUUGCUGAGGACCCUGGAGAGUAUGUUGAGAACACAGACUACAGUGCAUUGAAUGGGUUUUAUACCAAAGGGCCUCACCUGCCUAGAAAUUACUCCGUUAAUACACAGGAUAGUGAAAACUAUGCCAAUGCUCCACUCAAAUGUGGAAAUGUCCACUUCGUGCAAACAUCUGAAGACAUUGGAAACAAGCAUAAGAAACACUAUAUCUGUGUUGGAAGUGACACAUACCUCCCGUCUGUGUCAGAAUUCAUGGCCAACUUCUGGGGCAUGCGAAACCCGAAAAUCGUUCUCACGGUUAUAUCUAGUGAGGACAACUACAAGCCGUGGAAGAGUCAGAGGCUCAAGGAUGACUUUCAAAAGGGCAUUGUGAAGGCAAUGAACACAACCAAAAUGUGGAUUCUGACCAACGGGGUGGAUGCAGGUUUUCCAAAACUUAUUGGCGACGCUGUCAGAGAGUACAACCAAGAACAAGAGAAUUCGCACCAGGCGUACAGUCAGAUGUUGAAUCGCGAGGAGGUCCGCAAACGCCGACCCCAGGUCAUUGGCAUUGUCAGGAAGGAGGCAUUGCCGUUCGGUGUCUACUUUAAUAACACUGAGGGGGUUGAGCUGCAUGCAAAGUCCAACGAACAGUAUGACCUGAACUCGGACCACACCCACUUCAUUAUCACAGAGGAAGAGGAGGUGUCAGAUCCAGGGGCUAAGGCACUCAGGUGGCAGCUGGAGGACCAGUUCCGCAAGAAAUAUGGCAAGGAGAGGAAGAUCCAGCGAUUGAUGAGUAUUGACGGGGAACACUCGUCAGCUCAAAAAAGAACAGAUGACUACAGUCCCCAGACUUUGGACCAUUUCAUUCCUGUAGUUGCGUUGCUUGUCCAGGGUUCUCCCAGCUGUCUGGACCAUGUCAUGUACUAUAUACAGAACAAGAUGCCAGUCGUGGUCCUCAAAGGUAGUGGCGGCAUUGCUGAUAUGUUUGGCUACAUCUACGAGGAGCUUCAGGAAAAGGCAGAGUCUGAUCCUGACUAUGAGGAGCACAUUUUAAAGCCUGAGUUGACCAAGAUGAUCGUGCGGCAGUUCGCCUCCUACUUUGAAGACAACGAUAUUGGCAAGUUCGCUUUCAGGGACAGGAUCAUACAGUGUGUCAAGAUGUCACAUGAGGGAGAGGUGUCCUACAUGACAGUCAUGAACAUCAAGGGAAUCGGUGGGUCGGUUCUGAAGGACCUCGACAAAUAUUUCCUUAUUGCUCUUCUCAAAUCUGAAAAGCGGGAUGAAGUGAGCAUGGCUGACCAGCUCCAAAAUGACUUACAGCUGACCAUUGACUGGAACAGGCCAGACAUUGCCUGGCAGAUAUUCCAACAGGAUACCACUAAAGUUAGGAUCGACAAGAAGAUGUUCGAGAAGGCCUUACUCCGUAAGGACCGUGAGGAGUUUAUCGACCUAUUCCUGACCCAGGGCAUUCGUGUGCACAAGUUUCUCAACCACAAGAAGCUGAAACUCAUCUUUGAGAAGGCGGAGGACAGGGAAUUCUUCUACAGUGUCUGCAUUGAGGGUGUACUUGGCCUUAUUGUAGAGUCAGACCAGACACUAGGACCAAAGUUCCUAUCUGAACACCUGAAUCGGCUGAUCUUUAAACUCUCCUGGUUGUCAGAUUUCAUUCAGCCGUACGAGUUAUCCGCCUGCUCUACUGGCGUGUAUAGUGAGGACGCAAAUGUUGCAGAGAGAAAGGCCAUCAACUGUCUGAUGAUCUGGGCAGUGUUAAUGAACCGUCACAAGCUGGCCAAGACCCUGUGGAACAGAUGUGACGAACCUAUUGCUGUGGGCCUCGUGUGUAGCAGGAUCUACAAGGAGAUGACGAAAUACCACAUGGAACAGUACCAGAGGACAGAGCUGGAGGAACGAUCAAAGGAAUUUGGUGAGAUGGCAGUGGGUGCCAUGUCCAUCUGUUGGCGUGACUGCAGUGUCCAGGCCUACCACAUGUUGGGCAGGAGACUCCCCGACUUCAACGACAAGUCUGUAGUCGAGAUAGCCCACGACGCGGGCUACAUUAACUUUCUUGCUCAUCCCUGUUGUCAGAAGUGGCUCACAAAGAAAUUCUUUGGGAAUUUACAUCUGAAGGAUCUGGAUUGGGGACUGUUUAGGCUUCCCUACUGGUUCAAGAUUUUAAUAAGCAUCGUGUUGAUCUUCCCCAUGUACAUCUGGAUCAACUUCACCCCUCCUAGUAAGAAGAAGGAUGCCUUAGGUCUGGACCCAGAUGUUCCUGUCGAUGAAGAAGACGAAGAUGAUGAUGAAGAAGAGGAGAUACAGGGUAUCAGCAAUAGUCUACAGGAUCUCAGGAAGAAAGAACAACAGCCAUUUGGAACAAUGCUGAAGUCUGCAUUGUUGAAACGGAAGAAAGACAUUCCAUUUUACCAGAAAUACUACCUACUGUGGACAGCUCCCAUCACCAAAUUCUGGACUACAAAUGCAACAUACUUCAUCUUCCUGGCAUUGUUCUCACUCGCAACCUUAUGGCCAACGUGUGGAAGUCGCACGUUAGAUGCUGUUGUCUGGCUCUGGGCUCUCAUGAUCGAACUAGAAUUGAUCUGGAGAACUGUCGGUAAAUACAAGAGGUUCAAGACGGUGUCACUCAAGUGGAACUACAUUGACAUAGGGUUGAUCUUCAUCUUCCUCAUCCUGUUGCUAUUCCGGAUACUCCAACUGUGGCAGGGUGCGUCCGACUACACACAGGCUCGUGAGUUCAACUGCUAUGCGCUGAUAUUCUUCUACUAUCGGCUGCUGGGUGUUUACUUGCCCAUCAGCCCUACACUCGGGCCCAUGCUGCUCAGAAUUAAGAGAAUGAUCAGUCAUGACUUUGUCGCAUUUGUCCGUAUGUUCAUGAUCUUCAUGAUAGUGGGCGGGGUAACAAUCCAGGCCAUUAUUUAUCCGCACUGGCCGUUCGGUAUCGAGAUGAUACGGCGAAUCAUCACACGCCCCAUAUACGCCAUGUUUCUAACACAGGUUCAUGACCUGGAAGCGGACCCAACUUGUUCCCAUAUUUAUGACCAGACACUGGAUUAUUGUCAUGUUGGGAGCAACUACAGCAUGUCACCACAAAGCUAUAAUGACAUCAAGGCCAUUGAGAAGUGCCCCAACCCCAGUUUCUCUGGCUACGUGAUCACCCUCCAGUAUCUUCUCAUCUGUAAACUCAUUCUCGUUACCCUGCUGUUUGCCAUGUUCUCUCUGACAAUUGGUAAGGUGGACAAGGUAGCCAGUGAGAUCUGGAAGUUCCAGCGUUACGCCUUGAUUGCGGACUUUAUCGAGCGUCUUACACUCCCCCCUCCCUUCACCCCCCUCAACAUGCUCUACAUCAUUGUGGAAUCCUUCCUCAAGAGGUUUAAAUCCAAUUGCUGUGAAAGGGAGAAGGUCAAGACUCAGAGGUCAAUCCGGUCUGGAGUCAAGAGGUCAGACAGUGGUGACACGGUGUUCUGGAAGAAAGUUGCAAGGGAAUACAUGACCGGGGAGGAGGCGAAGUUGGAGACGAAAAACCAGACCAACAAUAUGGAAGACAUUCUAUUAUCCUUACAAGAGGACCUACGUCGACACAGGAAGGGCAUGAAACGUCUCAAUGACCGCAUGAUGGAGAUGGAGAACAUGAUGGACUCCAGCAGGCUUUACCUUGAGGAUAUUGCCCACAAACAGGAGAAAAAUGACAUGAUGGGUAUUACCAACCUGAAAGGUCGGUUUAUCCAUGUAGCUGCACGACAGUCUCCCUACCCCAGCACCACCAUAGCCCGGUUCCCUGUCUUUGACAAAUACGUGCUUUGGGAGGUGCAGUAUGAUAUCUACGACCCUAAGACUUUCACAUUGGAGAAGAGCAAGUUUGGAGAGAAAGAUAUAGCAUUUGUCGAUGAAGACAUUUAUGAGAUUCUUAAGCUGAAAGAACAGUUGAAAUCUGAGGGCAGUUCCCAACAGCUGACUAUUCCAGAGUUUAACCCACGCUGGAACACAGUUACCAGUCAAAAAAUUAAGGGUAAACAGGAGUUGGAUGUAGACAGGCGAUCCUGGAUCUACGUGGAUAACAAGCCGCUCAGAUACACCUUGGAUCAACUGAACAUUCCACUGAAUCCAAUGGGUCGUACAGGAAUGAGGGGGAAGGGUAUUCUCUGGCGCUGGGGACCUAACCAUGUCAUAAAAGCUGUGUUCACUCGCUGGCGAAAGAAGAAAAGCAUGGAUCGUAGUGCCUCCUCCUUCAUGCAUGUGGAGGGAAAACGUGUUCUCGAGUUCCUGACAAUACAGGCUGAUGGGCUCACAUUGCCUGGGGAAGUAUUGCACGGGACAGACAACAGGUACACCACUCUGUGCCAGGCAUUUAUGUCACAGGUGUUUCCAGAGGGAGGCUCCGUGGCCAGGUCAGACAAGUUCGAGCAGCGGGAUAUGAUCAAGUUCUUUUCACGCUAUGCGACCAGCAACAGUGAAUUGUCGCUUGGAAAUCUGGUAACUUUUACUGUUGGUGAAAUCACUGAUGAUAAAGAGAAACAGGGCUACAGUGCGGAACUCUUGUACAAGGGCUACCUGGAUGAUCCAAGGAACACCGACAACGCCUGGGUUGAAGCUGAAGUCUGGAACUUCCAUUAUGACUGUGGCGAUAUGUUUGACCAGACUGAGGGCCUGUGCGGUAAAUGGAAGGAGAUCUCACCCAGCCUGACAAUGAGCGGCAACGAGACAGUGUUGGUCCAAGAAGCUGCAAGACUGCAUGACGCUUAUCACUAAUAUGAUGUUGUUGUUUUUUGUGAGAAACAUGCUGCUACUUACAAUGUUGUAUAGUAAUGUCGAACAUUAAGGCCUUAAUACCGUUUGACACAUGCAGUAAGGAUUGUAAAUUCAACCAAAAUCAUAGUUGAUUAUCGGCGAUUGUUAAAGAUGUCAUUUUUAACAAUCUUCAAUUUCAGAACUAAAACAAUUAUUUAGAACAGAUGGGAUAUUACAUAGCAAUGAUAAUCAUAAUUGUUUCUGUAUAUAAGUUUCUGUAUAUAAAAAAUGGCCUUUGGUAAGAUAUCAUAUCCCUAAUUCUUGACAGUCUCCAGUGAUUGAGCUGUGAAUUUUAAAUUUUUGGGUUGAAAAGUCGAUUGGAUAGUGUCCAAUUCAUCAUCAUCCAUUUUACUAGACUUAGUAUUAAGAUGUAGAUCUUUCAUCCUUUUCACUGUUAGCAAUCAUCAAUCUUUGAAACAUAAAAUUGAUUAUCGCCAGUUUCGAAGGAAAAAAAAAGAAAGAUUUUUAACAAUACUCGAUCAUCAUUCUAUCAUUACCAUAUAUAAUCACUUAAAGGGAUUGAUGUCUCACUAGCUACUAGCUCACUACAGAAGUUGACCAUAGACAGUAUGCAGUUAUUCUCCUUAAAAUAUGAUGAAAACUAUUGUGUGUGUACUAUAGAUUGUAUUCAUGGACUUGGAAUAUAUUUUAUACGUGUUGUUUCCCUUUGUCCAAGACAUAGCCUGGUUUGUAUCAAUAUUUAUCCCAUUUGUAUUAUGUACAGUAUAAUUUGGUACAUUUUGUUGUAUAGGAACUAUGUAGUUAGAUAGUGUAGAACUCCGUGUAUACUCAGGAAUAUGAAAUUUCAUGUUUAGUUUAUUCAUUUUAGCUUCACUUCAUGAUGUAUUGUUAAGUUUAUUCAUUCUAGCUUCAUUUCAUGAUGUAUUGUUUAGUUUAUUCAUUCUAGCUUCACUUCAUGAUGUAUUGUUUAGUUUAUUCAUUCUAGCUUCAUUUCAUGAUGUAUUGUUUAAUUUAUUCAUUCUAGCUUCAUUUCAUGAUGUAUUGUUUAGUUUAUUCAUUCUAGCUUCAUUUCAUGAUGUAUUGUUUAGUUUAUUCAUUCUAGCUUCACUUCAUGAUGUAUUGUUUAGUUUAUUCAUUCUAGCUUCACUUCAUGAUGUAUUGUUUAGUUUAUUCAUUUUAGCUUCACUUCAUGAUGUAUUGUUUAGUUUAUUCAUUCUAGCUUCACUUCAUGAUGUAUUGUUUAGUUUAUUCAUUCUAGCUUCACUUCAUGAUGUAUUGUUUAGUUUAUUCAUUCUAGCUUCACUUCAUGAUGUAUUGUUAAGUUUAUUCAUUCUAGCUUCUGCACUUCAUGAUGUAUUGUUUAGUUUAUUUGUUCUAGCUUAAUGUUAUGAUAUAUUUUUAAACACGGACAAUUUGGUGGUAUCAUUUAGAUUUAGUUUGGAGUUGUUAUAUUGAAAUUGUUCAUGUAUUCAAAUUUGAACUGUGCUGCUCUUAAUACGAUAAAUUUCAAGUUCAGUUUUACCCAUAAAAUGUAGAUGUCAUAGAAAAUGAUGUACUAGUUUAUAGUUUGAUUUGUUAGAAAGUAGAAACAUACUGAAUUAAUUUUUGCAUAUUGCCAGGAGUAUUUAUACGUUUGAAAUUCAACUGUUGAAAAUCUUCUAUUUAAGGACUGUGUUUAAGUAUUGAUUUACAUUGUUACGUAUUUUUGUUGGGUGUAAGAUACACUUGUAGUUGUUUUUGUGUGCAUUUUUAACAAUACACCAAUUUUACACCAAUUAAAAACGUAAGUAUGCUAGUAGAAAAAGUCAUAGUGAAUGACUUGUGGUUUUUGCAUUGAUUUUUUGCGUGUCUGUUUUUCAGUAAAAAAAUGUAUGUAUUGUCAUAACCUUAUAUAAAUCAGGUUAGUAUGUGUUAUAAAAUUAUAUACAUGAUAUAUUGAAACAUAUUAAAACACGUUUUAACCUUUGCCAUAACUCAAAAAUUUAUAAGCUGUUCGAUACUUUGUACACAUUUUGCCAUAGACAAUUCACACAUGUACAGCAAGACCCAUAUCUGGCUAUUUGACUGAAACUUGGUACACAUUUUGCCAUAUACAAUUCACACAUGUACAGCAAGACCCAUAACUCAGGCUUAAAUAAUUGUGGAGUAAAAAAACAAUAUCAGACGAGUGUUGGGGUUAGCUCGGCAGCACUCUUGUUUAGGAACAUCUUCAUACUUCUAGACUUGAGAACCAUAAGGUUAGUGCAUGCAUAGUUUUUUUAUCGUGCUAGUAGAUCACUUUCAUCUAUGCCUGUAAAAAAAUAUACACCUUGCAAUUUCACUCUAAGUUACAUGUUUUUCAAAAAAAAAGAAAAAUAUUUGACUGAAGAAUGAAACUUUACCAUGAAUUUACCAGACAGUUUUGUUGUAAUAACAACGAUUAUUCAGAAGGUGCCAUAUUAUUCCUUUUACUCAUAUUCAGCUUUUUAAAAAAGCCUUUUAUAAAUUCCGUGUUUUUUUAGACUUUAGUACAUUUUUAUAAGUUUUUUUUUUUUAAUUUGCCUUCAUGUGCUUGUUAUUGCAAGUGUCUUCUAUAAAGGUUGUGACAUAAGUGAUAGUAAGAGUUACGAAAUAGUUAUUACUAAUAAUAGUUGUUACUUUUAUUAACAGGUUUUUAAGUGGGUAUUUUCAAACUGGGUAAAAAAGAACAAUUGCAACGCAACAUCUUUAAAUAUGUAAAUAAAAAAGUAGGUACUGUAGAUUUUUACUUGCUAUUUUGUAAUAUUAACAUGUAUGCAUUACUUGUAUUUUAUUAUACUUUUUGUCUCUGAUAAAAUAGUAUUUUUUAUGAUAAUGUCUGUUUCAUAUUUUAUUAUGUAUUUGACACAAUAAUUGUAAUUUUAUCAUUGUGAAAAUCGGCAAAAAUGCAGUCCAGUGGAGAAUAAGUUACUAUUUUGCAAAGUAUUAUGCCUUAUGAUGCAGUUGUUGCUAUAUUGAAAAUCAUUUCAAAAUUAUUUCUUUUUCAAUUUUGCACAUUGUUAUCAGUGCUUUUUCAAUUUUGCACAUUGUUAUCAGUGCUUUUUCAAUUUGAUACUGAUUAAGUUUAAAACUCCAAGGGUCUUAUUUUGGUGCGGAUGUCUCAACAUAAUUGUGAAUAUUUUACCUCUCCCACAUAUAAUUUUUUCAUCUGAUGCUUGCCAACUGAUAAAAGUAAAGGAAAUGCAAUAUCAGUGGACAGUUAUUCUUUGUUUUACGAGUGGGCAAGCAAAAAAGGCAUUAUUGGAUACUUAUCUACCUUGAUAUAUAAUGUCUGAAAUGUUUGUUAUUAAAUUUUUUGCAUUUUUGUUUAACUUAUAGGGCUUUUAGUAAGUUUUAAUGAGUUGAAAUUUAAAAUGGUUUAUGAAUUAUGAAUAGCCAGAAAGGUAAUAUUGAACACUUAUCUACCUCUGUUUACAUAACUCCUGAAAUGUUUGUUAUUAAUUUUUUACAUUUUUGUUUUACUCCGUGGGUUUUUUGUAAGUUUUAAUGACUAUUUAAGUGGUUUAUGAAUUAUCAUUUCAUUAUGGGUUUGUGAUUUGUUCAAAUAUAAAUGGUCUUUGUUACCAAAUUUAUCAUCAUCAUAUCCAUUAUAUUACAAUUUUAUAUUCCCCAUUAAUUCAAAUUGUAUUUUCCCAUGUGUUGAAAGGUAAUUUAAUUAGUUUACUACCAGCAUGGCCCCUAUUGAUUCUGAGGUCAGUAGGUCAUAGGACAAUAACUGAUGGAUUUUUUUCUAAUAACACUUUGAUUGAUUGAUCUUCCACACGUUUCUGACACUGCAACACUCAGGGGCAUAAUGUUUGACAAAGAUAUAUUGUUUAAAAAAAAAAAGAAGUCAAUACAGAAUAGAGACUGACCAUUUAUAAGGAAUAAACUAUAAAACUUGUUCAUGUCUGUUUUCGGAACAUAAUUUGAGUACAGAAUUUGCUACUUUUUUAUAAUAUUAUGAUGUAUGAGUACAGUGACCACAUCACAGUCUGCUUCAACCUAUAUGUUUAUCUUUGUAGGGAAAUGUGGCAUACGUUAAUUGUUCAAUGAAAAAAAAUUGGUUUGGUAUAUACCCAUGUGUACACUGGAUCUCAUGUUGUUAAGAUAUAUAUAUUUGUUGUAAUGAAACAAAACCAUCAUUAUAUUGUGUAUUUGAAUCAAUAUAUUAUAAAUUCUUUGUAUAGAUUAGCAUGUCUGUUUUUGAAAAGUCAAAAUAGUGUAAAUUGUUGGCAUUUAAAGCCAGAGGUGUUGGCAAAAACUUAAAUCCUUUGCUACAUCUCAAUAACAGUUUCAAUGAACUGUAUUCACAUGAAGCCUAUCAGAUGUACACAAAUAACCAACACAAUCUAUACAGGUCUAGCAGGGCCCAUAACUCUGGCUUAAACAUUUGUGGAGUAUAAUCUCUUGACUCACGGGGGAAAAACAGACAAGCAUAGGUGUUGUGUUGCGGUGCUCUUGUUAAGAUGAUUAAUAUUCAUGAUUACUCCAUGUACUUCAUAGUAGUAUUUUUACAUGGAGAGUUGACAUUUAAAAUUUUGAUUACCCUGUAUGUGCUAAUUUUAUUCCAACACUUAAUUAUUUUAAUGUCUUGAAACAUUUUUGCAACAAAGAUUUGGGUAAAUAAAUCGGACAAAAGUU